GGUACUGUCUAAGGACUUUCAAAUGUGACAUAUUACCAAUCCAACAUUAGAUGACUCCAAAUAUGAUCAUGUCUUCACACAAGUGCUCCAUAAUUUUACUCCGGCCCGCCACUCCAUGGAUGUUUAUCACCUUUUUAUUGGUUCUUCUUCCUGGAGUCACUCAUCUCUCCCACGGCAGCUCGAGCCAUGAAGACAUCAGCGACGCCCCGAAAAACUGCUCCAGCGAGGACAAUUGUUCGGAGGGAGUGGUGCUGCCAAUGUGGAACCCACAGAACCCUGCGGUCGGCGACAAGGUGGCCCGCGCCAUUGUAUACUUUGCGGCUCUCAUAUACAUGUUCCUAGGUAUGUCCAUCAUCGCAGACCGUUUCAUGUCGUCUAUCGAGGUCAUCACCUCUCAAGAAAAGGAGAUCACCAUCAAAAAGGCGAAUGGUGAAACGACGACGACCACUGUGCGCAUAUGGAAUGAGACCGUAUCGAACCUGACCUUGAUGGCUCUGGGUUCCUCAGCACCAGAGAUCCUGCUCUCUGUUAUUGAAGUAGUCGGUCAUAACUUUGAAGCUGGAUCUCUGGGGCCUAGCACCAUCGUGGGCAGUGCAGCAUUCAACAUGUUCAUCAUUAUCGCCAUUUGUGUCCACGUGGUGCCAGAAAGUGAGACCCGCAAGAUAAAACACCUGAGGGUGUUCUUUGUCACUGCUGCCUGGAGCGUGUUUGCUUACAUCUGGCUGUACCUCAUCCUGUCUGUGUUCUCUCCUGGAGAGGUAGAGGUUUGGGAGGCAGUCCUUACCUUCCUAUUCUUCCCCAUCUGUGUUCUGCAAGCCUGGAUUGCAGACCGCCGCCUGCUCUUCUACAAGUACGUCCACAAACGUUACCGGGCAGACAAGACCCGUGGCAUCAUCAUUGAAUCUGAAGGUGAUGCCAUGUUUACUAAAAUGGACCUGGAGAUGGAUGGACAGGGUGCGAACUCACACAACAAGGAUGCUCUGGAUGGGAUGUUGGAGGGGGUGGAGGAGGGUGGAGGCAUGAGCGCAGAGCAAGACCAGGAGGAGGAGGCUCGUCGGGAGAUGGCACGCACCCUGAAAGAUUUAAAACAAAGGCAUCCAGACAAAGAUAUGGAGCAGCUGAUAGAGAUGGCCAACUACCAAGUGCUGGUCCAGCAGCAGAAGAGCCGGGCCUUCUAUCGUAUUCAGGCCACACGCAUGAUGAUUGGAGCAGGGAACAUUCUGAAAAAACAUGCUGCUGACCAGGCCAGGAAGGUGGUGAGCUGUCAUGAGGCUAGCGGGCAGGAGGAAGAUCCCAACACCAUUUACCUGCAGUUUGACCCCUCUCACUACCAGUGCUUUGAGAACUGUGGUUCCCUGAAGUUGACGGUCAGUCGCCAUGGAGGAGAGGCUGGCUGCACAGUUAAGGUGGACUACAGGACUGAGGAUGCCACAGCCACUGCAGGCUCAGACUACGAGUUUGCUGAGGGCACGUUGGUCUUCAAGCCUGGCGAGACUACCAAAGACUUCACCGUAGGAGUCAUAGACGAUGACAUCUUUGAGGAGGAUGAGCACUUCUACGUGCGCCUCAGUAAUCCCCGUAUUGUCCACCGGGCUGAGGUCUCCAUCCUGGAGCCCAACUCCAUCACCUCCAGCAACAGCACCGUUGGCAUCUCCUCACACGUUCCUCCGAAGGCCGCCCUAGGGAACGCUCCAGUCGCCACAGUCACCAUCUACGAUGACGACCAUGCUGGCAUUUUCACGUUUGAGAGCAGCUCCACCAGGGUGAGCGAGAGCGUCGGCAACAUGCAGGUAAAGGUGCACAGGACGUCCGGGGCCCGGGGGAAGGUGGCUGUGCCUUACCAUACCGUCGAGGGCACCGCCAAAGCUGGGGAGGACUAUGAAGAGGUCUCCGGAAAGCUGGAGUUUCAGAACGAUGAGACCAUGAAGCUGCUAAAUGUGAAGAUCAUUGAUGAUGAGGAAUAUGAGAAAAACAAGACAUUUACGAUUGUUUUGGAAGAACCGAUCCUGCUGGAGGUUGGACAGAGACAUGGGGACACAAAUGAUAAUAAAACAGCAGUGGGACCAGAGGACGUGUCAAAGAUGGGCUGCCCCAUUCUAGGAGAGCACACUAAGCUGGAGGUGAUCAUCGAGGAAUCGUACGAGUUCAAGAGCACAGUGGACAAGCUCAUCAAGAAGACCAACCUGGCCCUGGUGGUGGGGAGCAGCAGCUGGAGGGAGCAGUUUGUCAGUGCUGUAACUGUCAGCGCAGGUGAUGAUGAUGAAGAGGAGAGUGGGGAAGAACGAUUGCCCUCCUGCUUCGAUUACAUCAUGCACUUCCUGACAGUUUUCUGGAAAGUUCUCUUUGCUUUUGUCCCUCCAACUGAGUACUGGAACGGCUGGGCCUGCUUCUUUGUCUCCAUUUCUCUUAUCGGCGUUCUGACAGCUGUGACGGGCGAUCUGGCCUCACAUUUCGGAUGCACCGUUGGUCUGAAAGACUCGGUCACCGCUGUGGUGUUUGUUGCUCUUGGCACCUCUGUUCCAGACACAUUUGCAAGUAAAGUGGCUGCCAUUCAGGACCAGUAUGCCGACGCCUCUAUUGGGAAUGUGACAGGCAGCAAUGCUGUGAAUGUAUUCCUGGGCAUCGGGGUGGCAUGGACCAUCGCCGCUGUUUACUGGAACACGAAAGGUCAGACAUUCAAGGUGAACCCUGGCUCGCUAGCCUUCUCCGUCACCCUCUUCACCAUCAUGGCGCUGGUGUGUGUGCUCGUGCUGCUCUACCGCAGGCGCCCCAGUGUUUCAGGCGGUGAGCUCGGGGGCCCACGGACAGCCAAGCUACUCACUUUCUUUUUUUUCAUCUCCCUCUGGUUCAUCUACAUCCUGCUGUCCUCCUUAGAGGCGUACUGCCAUGUGCCGGGGUUCUAAAUGCAAGGCAAAAGUAAAGACAUGACCCCUCUUCUUGUUUUUACAGUUUACAGGUUUCUCACUGUUUUUGUCAAUUUUCACAAGAUUUCUAACUAUUUGUAUCAUCAGUAUUAUUGAUACGGCACAAAAUCUAAAUAAUUAUGUAUUUAAGGACUUUGGGACUUUGUUACCACUGAUAAUGCUGUGAAAGCUAGCUUUAGCCUCUGAAACUACUCUUAUCUACUUUUUCUUUUUGUGCUCUUAAGUACUUUAAUUUGUAGAAGAUAUAUACAGUACUGUGAAAAUGUAUUUACCCCCUUACAUGUUUCCUCUAAUUUUGUCACUUGUGUUUUAGAUCUGAAAAUAUUUUUUAAUAUCACACCAAGAUAAUAUAAAAAGUAGUUUUUAUAAUGAUGGUUUUACUUACAUGUUAAAGGAAAAUGCUUUUAAAACCAAUGAAAAAGUAAUUGGCACCUAAACCUAAUAACUUGCUAUCUAACCACCACCAGUGACAAUAACUCUGCAAGAGUUUGCAGUGCUUAUGAGUCUUUUAAAUUGCUGGUGAGGAAGGGCUGUCAGACCUGAUUAAGCUCAUGCUACUUAAUUCUAAUAAAUUUUAGGUCCAGGCUUUAACAUGGCCUUUCUUUACUUAACUUUUUUCUUUUACGUAUUUGUUUAAAUCCUUCAAAGGUUUGCCUACUGCUAUUUUUUAGAUGGCUCCUUUAAGUAGAUAUCUACAACUGUAAAUCCUCCCCACCCACACGUGGCACAGUCACCACUCUCGUUCCAAUCUUCAAUUGUACUGUUGGUCAGCAGGUUGCCAGGUCUGCCAACUACCAACCGUAAGCUGAGAGGAAAAAUGUCAAGUUGGGAGCCUUUCACGGUAUAUCAAUUGUUCAUUAAAAGCCUCUUAUUGUUUCUAUAUAAUACUAUUAUUCAGUGGAACAAUCUUUUUGUGAAACACGUCAGUUCCCUUGGAUGAGUUAAACGCAGAUAAGUAAUUUCCAAGUUUUGAUUAAUGAAGAAAAUCAUUGUUAGUGAAAAACUAAUAACACAUCAGAGUAAUUUCACACUAGGUUGCUUGCAAAAGAAC